GCAAGACCAAGUUUGUGAAAGAAAUGACGGCUCGCGGGCGAGCGAUCAGGUGUUAUUUCGUAUUUUGUAAAAAGUGCUAAGUUAUCUGACGUUUUCGCGGAGUAAAAUAAAUAAAGUGUUUUAUUUACCUUAUGUAAAGUCAAUUUAUAACUCGUGUUUUUGAUAUCUAUCCAAUAAACUAUCAUGAGCGAUGUGUCAUUUUCCAAUAACCAAUGGUGUUAUAAAAUAAUAAGUACUCAUCAUGUAGGGCAGGUUAUGACUGGCACUGAGGGAGCUGCUAGUAAAUCCAGUGUACUUCUGUGUUUGUGUUAAAAGUGCAAGUGUUUAGCUUUUAUUGUGAGAGUGAUAAUAUAUCAAAAUGGCGGACCUCGAGGCAGUGCUGGCAGACGUCAGCUACUUGAUGGCAAUGGAGAAGUCAAAAUGCACUCCAGCUGCCAGAGCAAGCAAAAAAAUCGUCUUACCAGAUCCAAGUGUACGGAGCGUCAUGCACAAAUACAUGGAGAAGAAGAAUGAAGUAAAUUUUGAUAAAAUAUUUAAUCAAGUCUUAGGUUACCUAUUAUUUAAGGAAUUUUGUGAACAAACGUCAGACGAACCUGUACCACAGUUAAAGUUUUAUGAAGAGAUUAAAUUAUUCGAGAAACAAGAAUGCGUCGACGAGAGGCGGAGGAUCGCUAGGGAUAUUUAUGAUAAUUUUAUUAUGAAGGAACUAUUAGCACAUUCUCACGAUUAUUCAAAAGAAUGCGUAGCACAUGUACAGAAAUAUUUAAUGAAACACGAAGUGCCACCUAACUUGUUUGAGCCUUAUAUUGAAGAAAUAUUUCAACACUUAAGAGGCGAACCCUUCAAGAACUUCUUAGAAAGUGAUAAAUACACGAGGUUUUGUCAGUGGAAGAAUCUAGAACUUAAUAUUCAAUUGACGAUGAACGACUUCAGCGUUCACCGGAUCAUCGGACGAGGCGGCUUCGGAGAGGUGUACGGGUGUCGGAAGGCGGACACUGGCAAGAUGUACGCGAUGAAGUGCCUGGACAAGAAACGGAUCAAGAUGAAGCAGGGCGAGACGCUGGCCCUCAACGAGCGCAUAAUGCUCUCUCUAGUCAGUACUGGGGUGGACUGCCCCUUCAUAGUGUGCAUGACGUACGCGUUCCACACGCCGGACAAGCUGUGCUUCAUCCUGGACCUGAUGAACGGCGGCGACCUCCACUACCACCUCUCCCAGCACGGCGUCUUCAACGAGGCAGAGAUGAAGUUUUACGCCGCUGAGGUUAUAUUGGGUCUGGAGCACAUGCACAAGCGGCACAUAGUGUACCGGGACCUCAAGCCGGCCAACAUCCUGCUGGACGAGCACGGACACGUCCGAAUAUCGGACCUCGGCCUCGCCUGUGACUUCAGCAAGAAGAAACCGCAUGCCAGCGUGGGAACGCACGGCUACAUGGCGCCCGAGGUGCUGUCUAAGGGCACGGGCUAUGACUCGUCGGCUGACUGGUUCAGCUUUGGAUGCAUGCUGUACAAGUUGCUCAAGGGCCACUCGCCCUUCCGCCAGCACAAGACCAAGGACAAGCACGAGAUUGACCGCAUGACACUAACCAUGAACGUGGAGCUGCCGGAGUCGUUCAGUCCCAGCCUCAAGAGUCUGCUGGAGGGUCUGCUACAGAGGGACAUCAACAAACGCCUGGGCUGCAAAGGACGAGGGGCCGACGAGGUGAAGGAGCACGUGUUCUUCGCCGGCAUCGACUGGCAGCAGGUGUACCACCAGAAGUACACGCCGCCGCUGAUACCGCCGCGCGGGGAGGUCAACGCCGCCGACGCCUUCGACAUCGGCAGCUUCGACGAGGAGGACACCAAGGGGAUCAAGCUGACCGAGGCGGACCAGGCGCAGUACAAGGACUUCCCGCUGGUGAUAUCCGAGCGCUGGCAGUCGGAGGUGGCGGAGACGGUGUUCGACACCAUCAACCAGGAGGCCGACAAGCUCGAGAUGAAGAGGAAGUCCAAGCAGAAGCAGAAGUUCGAUGCCGAUGAGAAAGAAUCGGACUGCAUCCUUCACGGGUACAUCAAGAAGCUUGGCGGUCCGUUCGCGAGCGCGUGGCAGACGCGCUACGCCAAGCUGUACCCCAACCGCCUGGAGCUGCACCUGGAGAACAGCGCCAAGCCCGACAUGAUCCUGCUGGACACCGUGGAGGAGGUGUCCUCCGACCUCGUCUCCGUCAAGGGCGAGCAGUGCAUCGUGUUGCGCACCAAAAACGACACCAAAGUGGUGCUCACUAACACCGACGAGAUCGGCCUCAAAGAGUGGGCGUUGUCACUACGCUCCGCCCACAAGUGCUCGCAGGAGCUGCUCGCCUCCAUGGCGAAGAAGGCCGGCAAGAUCUACGGCGCCGACGGGCCGAAGGACUCGUUAGGGCUGGCGCGGCCCCCGCCGCCCGCGCCGAACGGCAACUAGCACGAGCUUCCCGCGCCCCGAGGCGCGAAGAUGUUCCGCCGCUCCAAGAGCGCAGCGCAGCUGAUCAAGUAAGCGCGCGGAACAUACAGAACCCAACGACCCUGACGUAGUUGUAGAUGCGAUGGAAUUUCAGUUUUUUUUUAAAUUGAAGAAUGCAUAGAAUGGAGUUGUGAUAGACGCAAAAGUAUCAAAAUCGUCAGAAUGUGUCAAAGCGCAAAGCACUGAUAGUCAAAAUGAUAUUGCUACAUUUUAUGAUGCUACUAUCUAAAGUAAGUAUUUUAAUUAAAAGACAACAUUUGAAAUUCCGUCGUCAAAUUUUCUGUCAAUGCUGGUAAUGUCCAGAAAGUCGUAAAAUGCGCUGUUUCCAAAGAUUAUUAAACGUCAGGAAACAGCCAUGUUAGAUUAGCAUAGUCUUUUGUAUUUAACCUAAGCAAGCCCCAAAAAUAUUCGCAGAAUUUCUAAAUAUUUUAGUACCCACAACCAUGACGAAUCUGUCGUCGAAUAAAGCAAUAAUAAUUUAGAUUCUCCGAAUAUAUUUUAAAAGACAUUAAAAUAUAUUCGGAGCUAGCUUACUUUACGCAAAGUAUAUAAGGGUCGGUGGGUUCGAAUUUUGUAUACAAAUUACAAAUGCAUACAAGUGCAAAAUAGUGCCACCAUACUACUGUGCCAGAAGUUAUCCCAACGUAUGUGAAUAUAGCGGGGGUGUUCCCAGUGCCCGUUUGACUAGGACUUGAAUAUUUACCGCCCAGCUAUUGGCCGAUGUUUCACCGCAAAAAUGGUGGCCAAUUAUUACCGCGCGGUUAUUCUCCAUAUUGGAAUCAAACGGGUAUUGUGAAUACACCCGCUGCAGAGCUAGCAUGGCGAUUAGGUAUAUGAUUGUUUCCUGCGAAGGAAGAAAAAACUGUACGGGAACAAUCUUUUCCGAAAUGGUCAUUCUACGCCUGCUAGUAUUGAAUUCAAUAAGUUGCUACAAUGUGGUACUUUUUAUGACACAAAGCGCCAGUCUGGGUUAAUCAUCGUUUUUCAAAAUAUCAUGCCUUCUCUCUAACGUUAACACAAAAAAUAACAAAGACAAUGCCAUGAUAUUCAAUCCACGAUUUACUUAAACCCAGAUUGUGUGCGCCUGAAGCAUGUUACUACUUUGUGUUAGAAGUUGACUUUGAUUUGGUGGCUCUGUGUGCGUCGGUAUUGAUAUGACUGUGAAAAUUGUGUCAAAAUCUAUUGAUUGCACCCACAUGGUUUUAACAGGUAAAAUUUGUGAAGAGCGAGCUACAAAAAUUACCUUACUGGGUACAGGCAAACAGUAACAUGUUUGCUAUGUGAAAAAGUAUCACGUUUAUGUAAUCGAGACGAGAACUUUUAAUAUGAUAUUUUACACUAUGCAAUAAGUGUUCAAAUAUAGUGAGAAAGUGAUAUAGCUAGUGUUAAAGUGACGAUACGCGCGGACGAGUGCAGUUGGGAUGCUGACUUUACUCGGAUUCAGUGUCAAACUGUAAGAACUAACAUUAGAGAGUGGUGUCCUAUGUAGAGAUUACGUGCAGUUCAUUCAAAUAGUGAUGCGCCGUUGAGGGCGAUCAGAUUUGAAUCGAUUGCGGCUAUUCGAUAGUGCGUCGAACGCUCGUCGACGCUUGUAGUUCAAAACUAUAGUGACUAUUAGGACUGCCAAUUAUUAUUAAUAAAAACGCUGUUCGUAUUUUAUUGUUGUACGAAUUAAUGUGAUAGGGCCGAUGAUUUCAAUAAAGCAUGUAUAGAAUUUCUUUACGGUCGAUGUUGAUUGUGAAAAAAAAAACAACUUUUGUAAUUGUUUGCACCGAUUACCUUUUGUAAUUAUUAAUGUAACAUUCUGAAUGUUGUAUUUAUUAAAAUUAUGUGGUAGGUAAUGUAAAAAUUAUUUAUAAUAUGUGUAAAUCGAGUAGGUUUAGUGAAUGUGUUUGUGCAAUAGGUCUGAAAUAUCGUGAACAAAUUAUAACAUUAAUAUUCAAAUAUUAGAGUCUUGACAUUUCGAAUGUGAAUUAAAUAGUAUAUUAUAUUAUAGAAGCUUCUAAUUAAUCAAUCUACAUCGUAAUUAGGGAAUCCAGCACUGUUACCUAUAGUUAUUGAAAUUCACGAGCGUACGAUAGUGUAGUGAGGUGCGUACGUGCACGCACACCGUGCGUCCCCCGCGUAUGCUUUUGCGUACAUAAUCGUAAAAGUCGAAUAAUUAGAAAUAAUUUCUCUGCACGUUAAAAUGUUUCGUGCAAAAAAAAUGUCGCGUACUAAACAACGUAUGAGUAUUAUACUUCAGUACGCGCGUGUCUUGAAACAACUAUAAGUCGAUAAGUAUUGCACGGUGUCUACGUUAUAAUACUGUUCUGUAAUUGCUCUCUUGCGCAAUUAAAAUAUAUAAGUUCCUUUUUCAUUACAUUCUAAUGUUAUUUAUAAAAACGGUACUUAAAAUAACAUUUUCUAUUAGUGUCUACUGUAUUAAAUUUAAUUGUUAUUUAUUGAAAUAGAAGCCAUAAUGUGUAGACGUACUUCCUCGUGUAAAAUAGUGGCAAUACUUUUUCUAACAUUUAGGUGUGGUGAAAUGUAACAAUAGAUAUAAAGGCAAUAUUUAGAUAAAGUUCCCACGUCUGAGUAAACAGAUACGUCGGCAGCUUGUUCGUGGAUCUUUGUAUGUUUUAUAACAAUGCAAUUUUAUUAAACAAACAAUAAUUCUGUGUCUGACGCGUGUCCAGCUUUUUUGAUUGAUAUUUUGUAUUUUUCUACUUCUUAUUGUGCAAUCUUACUCUAUUAAAAUCUGUAUUAAAUAUUAUCAUUGUUGCAUUUUCAUGAAUCUUAUAUUAUAAGCAAGUUAUAUUUUAUCAUGAAUCAUUUUUCAAUUGCAUCAUCCACAUUAUAUUUUCUUGUUUAUGAUUGUUAAAUGCUAGUUCAAUAGUUUUAAUUUAUUACUUUAGAAAUAUAAUGCAAUAAAAUAAAAAUAAAAUAUUCUAGCGACAUUCCAAACAUAACAGAAGAUUUAAAGGAUUUUUGCUGGAUGUUUUCAAUAACAUAUUAUUACGAAAUGAUUAACGAAUAACUGUUUAAAUCGUUUAUGAAUUUAUUAUUAUCAGCCUAUCUAGUAUAGCAAAGUAUAUCGUAAAUGAAAUUAUAUUUAACAUAUUAAUACAAUAACAAUGUUAUACACCGUUAAUGUUAAUAAUAUUUAGAGCGACUUCACCGAGCAAUGUAGCUAGGCUUAGCUUUACAAGAUCAUAAGUUGUCGCAUUUUUUUAAGCGAGCUUUUAUAUCUUAUAUCUUCUUUGGUGUGAGUUGUGUAUGUAUGAGUGAGUUUCUAAAGCGUGAUUGGGAAAAUGUUAUUUGUUGAAGAAAAUUACAGAGGCUAUUACUUAUAAUUUUGCCGAAAUUAGGCGGCAUCUGCGCCAAAUAUCUUAUGCACAACAUUCCUUUAUGCCAAAUUAGUAUUAUGGUAUGAAAGUGCAUUUAAAUUUUUGUUACGAAAAGCUGGAUAUACGUCGGGCGGUAAUAAUCAUACAUACCUCUGUUAGAAAUAUUUUUAUUGUAAACCUACAGUACGUGUAGUAAAUUGUUUAUUUAA